CCGGAAAUAAUCACAGAAACCGGAAGUUUACCCUAGAGGGACAGCGAUGGCGGGGGAUACCGCCACAGAACUGCUCUUUAUUGACACAUUUAAACAUCAAAGUGCAGAGUUAACCAACAUCGACGUGGUGCGGUUUCCAUGUGGGGUUCUAAUCACAGAGGUGCGGGUUAUUCCUCCAGGAAUCAAAGCGCACAGUAGCUUACCCGACAGCAGAGCAUUUGGGGAAACGUCCCCUCAUGCAUUCCAGCUGGAGUUGUUCUUCAAUAAUGUCGCCAAACCAAGCCCUUGCUUCCACAGGCUUGGCAGUCUUGAAUAUGAUGAGAACAAGUCCAUCGUUUUCAGACCUAGUGGAAAGGUGAACACAGAUGGACUUGUGCUGCGUGGAUGGUACACCAGUCUGACUCUAGCGGUCUAUGGUACGGCUGAGCGCGCCCAUGGCUAUGACCACGGCUCACCGCCACCACCACCACCCCCUCCUCCACAGCAACAGAGCGGAGCCAAGAGGGCCAUUAAACAAGAGUGGGAUACUGACGACCAGUACAAUGGAAGCCCACCCAGACCGGCCCCCCGCGGGCCACGCACACCGCCCGGCCCGCCGCCCCCCGACGAUGAUGAGGAGGAGCAGCCGGUCCCAGCACCAGUGGGGCCAGUGAAGGCGGAGCCGGCGGAAAGUCGUGGAGACUUCCUGGAGGCGGUGUCCCCCGAGCGCUCGCUGCCUGUGGAGGAACCCUACUCUGAGCCCGAGGGGGAGGAGCCAGAAGAGGAGGAGCCCGAGGAGGAAGAGGAGGAGGACGCCAGGACGGAAGGGAGCGUGCCUGAGGAAGAGGAGGAGGAAGAUGAGGGUGAGGACGAGGAAGAGGAGAUGGAGGAAGGUGACGAUGGAUACGAGCAGAUCUCCAGUGACGAGGACGACUUGGACAACGGCAGCUUCAAGCUUCCCAGCUUCGACAUGGACUACACUCCGGAGGACCUGGCCUCCGUGCCGCCGGUCCAGUAUGACCCGUAUGAGCGGGAACUCAGGCCGCUGAUCUUCUUCACGCCUCCGUACAAGACGCGCUUCGAGACCCAGCUGGAGAAGGCCAGCGCGGAGGAGGCCAGGGAACCCGAAAGCAUGGAGCCGUCUGCCGGAGGGGAGGAGGCGGCAGAGGCCGUCACCCAGCUAAAGGAACUCCUGAUGGCCAUAGGAGAGGACAGAGACUCUCGCUGGGUCACUGCUCUAGAACAGGCGGCUGGAUUACUGGCCAAGGGUCUGGGCUUCCUGAUUGGACAGGGGGAAGGACAAUGGGAGGAGCCAAUAGCAAACUUCGUCCAGUGGGCUCUUCAAGGCUUGAGUAUGGACAUUGCAAUAACACAGCCCAUCGCUCUUAACCUCAGACAGCUGAAAGCCGGAGCCAAGCUGGCCUCCUAUCUGGCCGAGUGCCCUCAGGGCCUUACAGCGCUGCUGCGCGCGGGGGCCCUGGGUCAGCUGCUGGAGCUGCUUCACGUGGCCCACGUCUCCUCCAGCCUAAAGCUCAGCAUCCUGAAGGCCCUGGACGCCCUCACAAACGCUCCUGCUGGGGUGGAGGCCUUCCUGCACGCUGGGGAGGGGGAGAAGAGUGGCUAUCAGUGUUUGGUCCAGCUGUUUUUGAGAGAAGAGACGGUCAGAGUGGUAACCGCUGGCAACGCCAUCCUUCAGAAGAGCCACGUCUACGAAGUACUGGUGGACCUCCAGCAGACUGCUACCGUGUGGAGUGAGCCUCAGCAGGAGGAAACGGAUGACGCCGACAGCCCUAUAGAGGAGGAGCCAUCAUUAAGCCCCUCCCCAGUGAGUGAAGCAGAGCUGGAUAGGCUGGCUGGAGUUCUGGAGGAGUUGCAUCAUCUCCUGGAGACUGCCCCCCACACCAUGGUACAGCCUCCUGGAAAAGCCUUCCCCACCACGGUCCGGAUUACAGGCCCCCAGGAGAGGGAUGACCCAUAUCCAACACUGUACAGAUACAUGCUGGCCUGCUGCUUCCUGGAGAGCACCACGGUGGUGCUGUCCACGGGCGUGGCCUCGGGCCACCUGGGCGUGGCCCAGGCCGCCCGGGAGCUGCUGCGCCUCCUGUCCCUCACGCAGCCUGGCCUGCUCUUCAUGAUGGCGCAGCCCGCCCCCACCAACCUGCUGCUGCGCGUGCUCGCCAGCGCCGCCGACACCGAGGCGGCGGCGGCGGAGGAGUGGGGCGGCGAGGGCCACCUGGCGGGCCCGGCGCUGGGCGAGGACGGCUUCGGCGCCUGGCUCAUGCAGGCGCUGCACGCGCUGCAGGGCGUGUCGGAGCUCAUGGGCCACGUGGCGGCGGGCGGCGAGGGCGCGGCGGGCCUGGAGGACGGGGACAACGCCGAGGUGCUGGGCACCCUGCACGCCCUCUACCUCAUCACCUUCACGCAGACGGGCCGCAGCGCCGUGGCGCACGCGCUGGGCCUGGACAACAACAUGUCCUGCCUGCUCACACUACUGCAGCACCACGGCAAGGACGGCCAGGGGGAGACCAAGGCCCGCAAGGCGGUUACGUACAACUACGCCUGCAUGCUGGUGCUGGUGGUGGUGCAGAGCUCCAGCGACCUCAGCAUGAUGGAGCAGUACGCAACGCCGCUGCUCACUCUGGCCAAGGCCGACGACACCAACGCCAAGCUACAGGAGCUGAGCAAAUGGCUGGAGCCCCUUGAGAAACUCCAGUUUGAGAUCAGCAGCAUUCCCACCCUCAUCGACUAUGUCAAACAGAAUGUGGAGAACGUGCUGACCCCAGAGGGAGCCGGGCUGGUGACCGCGCUCCGGGUCCUCUGCCACAUCGCCUGUCCUCCUCCUGCUGUCGAAGGCCAGCAGAAGGACCUGAAGUGGAGCCUUGCGGGCGUUCAGCUGUUCUCGGCCGAGGGCCUGGACACGUGUGUGCGCGUGCUCCAGAAGCUGUGCGGCGUACUGCUGCAGCCGUGGCGCGUGCACGGGCCGGUGGGGCCCACGCCCGCGCAGCGCUGCGUGGUGCUGAGCGUGUGCGCGGGCGCCCUGCAGCUGCUGCGCACCAUGCUCACCGAGCUGCUGCGCGGCGGCGCCUUCCAGUUCCGGGACGCGCGUGUGGCCAGCGUGCUGGUGCACCUGCACAUGGUGGUGUGCUCGGUGCCGGCGUCGGGGCGCCUGGACGGGGAGGAGGUCAGGGUGCAGGGCCUCAUAGUGGACGUGCUGCUCACCUUCACCCAGGGGGUCAGCGAGCAGGCGACUCACACUGAGGAGACUUUGGCCAGUAACACCUGGUGUCUGAUGCUGAAGGAGGUGCUGGGAGCCCUGAUGAAGGCUCCAGAGGGCCUAUUCUCUGGCCUCACCCUGCUGUCUGAGCUGCUGCCUCUCCCACUGCCCAUGCACAGCACACAGGCGGUCUCCGUGGAUGACAUGGCGGUGGCGCUCAACACCAGGAAGCUGUGGAGCAUGCACGUGCGGGCGCAGUGGAAGGUGUUUGCUGAGGCCCUGAAGUGUGUGUGCGGAACAGCCUGCCCGCCGCUGCUGGCCAUGCUGCGCAGGGUGUGUGUGCAGCUGGCCGACCUGUCCGCCACCACCGCCACGCUCAUCAUGAAGUCCCUGCUGGAGCUGGUGCUGGAGGAGCUGCAGCCGGCUGAGGGCAAGGCGGUGUGCUGGGGCCAGGCCCUGCGGCUGCUCUCCAUGCUGGACGCCCUUGUGUCCCAGCGAGCCUGCAAGGGCGCCGUGCUGCAUCUCCUCUCCGGCUCGCCGCCGGGCGAGGACCCACUGGCGGAGCUGUUCCCCUCGCUGCUGGCCCUGCUGGCGCCCCCCACCGACCACGCCCCGCAGCAGCAGCAGCAGCAGUGCAGCGAGCUGGUGGCCACCGUGCUGCAGUCGCUGUGUGACCAGGACAUCUCCCUGGUGGCCAGUCCCCCCGGGGACGGCUGCGUGGCGGAGGCAGAGCAGCUGGCCAACUCGCUGCCGUGCCGGGAGCUGAUGUCCUCGGUGUGUGGCUCCUUCCUGGAGGUCCUCGGGACCCCGGAGAGCAGCCCCCCGCUGCUGCUGACCUGCAUCCGCACCCUCAUGUUCCUCACGGAGCACGACUACGGCCUCUACCACAUCAAGUGUGCCCUGAAGAAGCACGGAUCGGCCCUGUUCUCUCUCUUCAAGCGUCUGGCUUCAGCGUUCAACAAAGACUCUGCCGAGCUGCUCGCCGCUCUGCUCGACUUCCUCAGACAGGUCCUCAGCGCUGAGUCCAUGGUGUGCUGUGGCGAGGAGGGCCAGGGGGCAGGGGAGGAGCCAGGCUUUGUCCCGGCCCCACGCUCCGUCACUCUGACUGGCUCAGAGAUGAAGGCCCUGCUGCAGUGGGAGGUGUCAGACACACACCCGCUCACUGCUCUCCAGAAACAGAUCUCGAAACUGAGUAAGGAGGACGAUACUCUAGAGACCAUGUUGGACAACGUUGUGUACCUCAGGCAGUCUUUUGACAACGCCACGGACGUACUUCCUGCGGCCGACACUGAGCCCUCUCUGCCCGGUCCAGAGACACUGCUGGCCCAGUUCAACCACAGGACGGUGUUCAUCCUCUCAGAGGUUCUGGACGAGCAGCUGAAGGCUCUGUGGUUCUCUCCCUUCCACGCUGACGACAUGGACGCAGAGCUGGACAUGGUGAAGGUGGACCUGAUGGGCCUGGCCCAGCAGUGCUGUCCAGGCCUGGACCUGAAGGCCGAGCUGGAGCGCUCCUUCCUGUCCGAGCCCUCGUCCCCCGGCCACACCAAGACCCCCAAAGGCUUCAGGCUGGGCAAGCACAAGCAUGAGACCUUCAUCACCAGCGGGAAGUCUGACUACGUGGAGCCCGCCAAGCGCGCCCACAUCAUGGCGGCCCCCCGGGGUCGAGGGGGCCGCGGGGGCUUCGGCCAGGGCCUCUGUCGCCCCCACGACAUCUUCCGCCAGCGCAAGCAAAACACGUCGCGGCCCCCUAGCAUGCACGUGGACGACUUUGUGGCGGCGGAGUUCAAGGACAUCGCCACGCCCCUGGGGCUGCUGCCGCCCAAGCGGCCCCCCAAGACCUCCCCCAAGCCCCCCACAAGGGGCCUGUUCACCGGCAACCGGGGCAGGGCCACCUUCCACAGCCAGACCCGCUUCUUCACCCCCCCACAGCCCAAGGGGGUCCUGCUCUCCGGGAACUACCCCCGUCGAGAGGGAGGAGGGCGGGGCUCGUCGUGGAGCGCCCAGCUGCAGGCUGUCACUCACAGAGGAACCUAUAGCGAACCCCGCGGAGGACAGAGUAACUUCACCCGCGGCCCACUCCCGUCCCGACAGCCCCCUGCAGGCGCGUACCGCCUGGCUCCUAGAGACAGAGCUCCACGAGGCCGCGGGGGCACUGGCCUCUCUUGGCUCAGUGCUGGAGGAGGAGGAGGACAAGGAGGAGGAGGUGGAGGAAGAGGAUCUCAAGGGAGUAAGUUUAGCGGCGGCGGGGGAGGUGGUGGCGGCGGCGGCCGGGGACGCCACGUGCGCUCCUUCACCAGGUGAACCCAGCCAGACAAUGCCCGACUGUGGAGGCUUUAAACGGACCAAACCAAGCACCCUUCCCACCGGCCGCCUGGAGACCAGGCUUUGGUGGAUUGUGAUACAGUGACUGUUGAACGAACUUAUUUUUUGUGUUAAUGUGUGAGGAAUAAAGGUUGUUACUGAACUUACUUCAAGUUUUGUGUGGACCUUUUAGUGUAUUGGUGCGCGAGCAACACAACAAAAUACAUGCAACUAUUGUUAGUAAUUGUUUGUCAAAAAACACAAUUUAUGAGUUACAAGCUUUAUUGGGAUGGGAUGUUAUUAAAUAUAUAAAAAAUACAGGUUCAGUUAGAUGGAUAGAAAAUUCUGAGUAGAUCAAAAGCUAAGCUUGUUGAAAUUACAUUAUGCCUCCUCCAGGAAGUCGCAGUUAACAGCAGGUCUGGCAUUCUUAGUCAUUCAAUAAAUUAUUGCAUCUGCCAUUUAAUUGCAUUAGAUAUUCAUCACAGAUUUGAAGACGACAUGAAACAUUUGUUAAAUCAAAAGAUAAUUUCCUGAAAUACAUAUUUGAUCAACAUGUCAAUAACAAAUCGUUCAAAAUUAUCAUUACGAACCAUCCCUAAUACAGUGUCU